AUGACCACAACUAGCGAGCAAUCACAGAGUGGAGACGAGAAGCAGAAAUGGUCCUACAAAUUCACAUGGACUGAUGAUCAUCCGGACCCUCAGGUGUUGAAGCCACUACGCCAUGAAUAUGACGAACUAGGUGCUCUAGCUCUUGAAAAGCUUCUCGAUAUUAAGAAGCGCCACGAAAAAAAAGGAGACCUUUACAACAUCCUUGAAAACCAUCACGCUGAAGACGAAACACUUACAGAGUUCUGGAAUAACGUGCAUGCUGUCCCAGAAUGGGUAGACUGGGAACAGCUUGCACGUGGGCAGAAGGUUUUCUACCGCUACGGCCUAGCUAAUAUUGUUGGCUUUGCACUACAAGGAUUUGUCUGUGAGAAUUCAGCGUCUACUGGCGUUGUAGAAAUUCUCGUUCGCACGGGCGGCUUUUCAACUCGCGUACUAUGGGGUCGUCUAUUGGAAACGUUUCAAUGGCUUCUCCAAGUAACCAAAUCUCUGGACGAAGUGCAGCCUGGUGGUGAGGGCUUCAGAUCAACAGUGCGCGUCCGAUUACUUCAUUCAUCGGUUCGUCGUCGAAUUCUACAGCUGGUAGAUCGGCGACCAGAGUACUACGAUGUGAACAAGUUUGGAAUCCCGGUGAACACAAUGGACUCUAUCCAUUCGAUUACGACCUUCUGCUUGAACCCAAUGUUCCUCCAGUUACCUCGAAUGGGACUUAAACCCCUCCAGCAAGAGAAAGAAGAUUAUCUCGCACUAUUUCGGUAUAUUGCACAUGUUAUCGGGACACCAAUAGAAUAUUUCAUGACCGUUGAAAAGGCAAAGGCAUUGAUGGAGAGCUGUUAUCUGCACGAGUUGGAGAUGACCGAAACAUCCCAAAUUGUAGCUCAUAACUUUGUUCGUGCUGUGGAAAGUCUCCCGCCACCACUGGUCAUUUCUCGGGGCUUUAUUGAGGCAGGCAGCCGCUGGCUCAAUGGUCAUAAGCUUUGCAACGAACUUGGCCUGGGACAGCCUGGCGUGUUAUCAUAUAUCGCCUUUGCAGGUCACUGCGCAUUAGUAAACGCACUGAUAUGGGCUCAGCGUCUGGUACCACCUUUUGACAAAUUUAUGAUUGAGCUUCUCCGAUCAAAACUAUACUGGGCCGUCAUUGAAAGUGAGGGUGGUCUAAAUGGCGGUACAGGUUUUGAAAUGAAAUAUAAGCCACAGAUCGGCAGGGUAACCCGUCGAGAAGAGGCAGCUACCUUUGCAUCCGGAUUCCCAAUGCUAGAGUGUUUUUUCUUUCUGUGUGCGAUUCUUGCUGUACUGGUAAUCGUUGGUACUGGAUAUCUUUUUGGGAAACUUAUGCAAGCUUGA